UUUUAUUUUCUUUUACAUGUCAAUCCCAAUUGAACCAUUCCUUCUCUCCACUAUCUUUUUUUUCUUUUUUUCUUUUUUCUUUCCUUAUCCGUGUUUUGUUCACGUCGUUUAAAGCCCAAACAAAAUCGAAUUCUUUUCAUUCUCAUCAGUCUCAUCAGUCUCAUCUACUACAACCAUCAUUAUACUCUGGCAUGCAAUCAGUUGAAAUGGUCUCUGCUGAAACCACUCUGUCCGAGCGUCAGCAGCUGGAGCAGCAUCAACAACUAGAGCAACAGAAGCAACAACAACAGUUGCUUCUUCAACAACAACAACAACAACAACAACAGCAACAACAACAAGAGCAAUUAAGACAGCAACAGCAACAACAGCAACAACAACAACAAGUACAGCAACGGGUUCCUCAAACAACCCGGCGCAAGUUCAACUUGGAUGAUUUUAGAAUCCAUCGAACACUCGGCACAGGAUCCUUCGGUCGCGUCCAUCUAGUUCAAUCUCGAUUCAAUUCUCGGUUUUAUGCAAUGAAGGUACUCAAGAAGACCGAGGUAGUCCGUCUGAAGCAAGUAGAGCACACCAAUAACGAGAAAAUGAUCCUCGAACGUGUUGAGCAUCCAUUCCUGAUCAACAUGUGGGGCACCUUCCAAGAUGUUCGGAACCUCUAUAUGGUCAUGGACUAUGUCGUCGGAGGCGAGUUAUUUUCAGUUUUAAGGAAGAGCCAGCGAUUCCCUGAACAUGUGGCUCGGUUUUACACAUGUGAGGUUCUUCUAGCUUUGGAAUAUCUACAUUCACACGCAGUAAUCUAUCGAGAUCUCAAGCCUGAGAACCUGUUGUUGGAUUCGAUGGGACAUAUCAAGAUCACAGAUUUCGGUUUUGCAAAACAUGUACCUCAGAACAUGACAUGGACAUUAUGCGGAACACCUGAUUAUUUGGCGCCUGAGAUUAUUCAGUCAAAGGGAUAUGGCAAAGCAGUAGAUUGGUGGUCGAUGGGCGUAUUAAUGUUUGAGAUGUGUGCAGGCUUCCCACCAUUUUUUGAUGAGGACCAUAUCAAAUUGUAUGGCAAGAUCAUGACAGGCAAGGUUCGGUAUCCAUCUCAUUUUUCACAACAAUUGAAGGAUUUGUUGAAGCGAUUGUUGACAGCAGAUCUGACGAAGCGCUAUGGAAAUUUGAAAGGAGGAGCAACUGAUAUUAAGAAUCAUGUAUGGUUCGAGGGCGUGAACUGGGAUAUGGUGUAUUCAAGACAGAUCGAGGCACCCUAUCGGCCGACGAUCUUGGGAGAUGGUGAUGCCAGCAAUUUCGACGAUUACCCUGAGGAUGCAGAACCAUAUGGAAUAUAUCCACCGGGUGAAGUUGAUGAACUUGGAAUGUACUUUCCAGGAUUUUGAUUGAUGAGAAGAAAAAAAAGAAAAAAGAAAAAAAGUAUUCAUAAAAAAAAGAAAAAACGAUACAGGCAAUCUC